ACUCCCUGGGGCUGGCCUCCCUGAGCUCACAAACAGCCGGCUGGCUCUGGAGAAGGCAGCCUUCAUCCUGUCCUGUGGCUGGCUGGGGGCACCCCCACUUUGCAGAGGGAAAGCUGUCUAGGGGAGCGGGACAGGUGCGGGGCUCCAGCAUGCUGGCCCUGCUCUGCUGCAGCUUGCUUCUGGCGGCCCGGCCCUCGGCCACCUGGAACGUCCCCAGCCCCGGGGAACUCAGCUCGGAGCUGGCAGCGCAGAUCCGUGACAUGCACGCGAAGGUGAUGGAGAUCUGGCGGGAGUUCACGCAGCAGCCGCCGCGGCGGGAGGCCGAGGGCGGGCGGGACGCCACGCUCUACGCCGCGUGCCAGGUGCGGCCGUCCGCCACGCUGGACGCCGCGCAGCCGCGGGUCACCGGCCUGGUCCUCUUCCGGCAGCUGGCCCCCGGCGCCAGGCUGGAUGCCUUCUUCGAUCUGGAGGGCUUCCCGGCCGAGCCGAACGGCUCCAGCCGUGCCAUCCACGUGCACCAGUUCGGGGACCUGAGCCAGGGCUGCGAGUCCACGGGUCCCCAUUACAACCCGCUGGCCGUGGAGCACCCCAACCACCCCGGCGACUUCGGCAACUUCGCCGUGCGCGACGGCCGCCUGCGCAAGCAGCGCACGGGCCUGGCCGCCUCCCUCGCCGGGCCGCACUCCAUCGUGGGCCGCGCGGUCGUGGUCCACGCCGGCGAGGAUGACCUGGGGCGCGGCGGCAACCAGGCCAGCCGGGAGAACGGCAACGCGGGCCGCCGCCUCGCCUGCUGCGUGGUGGGCACCAGCGGGCCCGCGCCCUGGGCGCGCCAGGCACAGGAGCACCGGAAGCGGAGGCGGGAGAGCGGCUGCAGGGGGCCCUGAACCCCGCCCGUCCCCCCCCCUCCCCCGCCCCCGCCUCAGCGCCCCAACAUACCUCCAUGUACUCCAGGAUCCCCUGUGUGCCCCAGGACCCCCUCUGUGUCCCCCAAGAUUCCUUCUGUGUCCCACAAGAUCCACUCUGUGUCCUCAGACACCUCCAUGUCCCCCAGGAACCCCUGUGUGUCCCCCAGCUCCCCCUGUGUGUCCUCAGGCACCUCCAUGUACUCCAGGAUCACCUGUAUCCACCAGGAUCCCCUCUGUGUCCCCCAAGACCCCUCUGUGUCUUCAGACUCCUCCAUGUACCCGGGACUCACGCAAAGACACUCUCCUGUACCUACCCUGAGGGACCUUCCAUUUCUGUGACACACCUAGGGUACCCCAGGAAUGCCACCACUUGCUGAGACAUCACUGUCUGUCAAGAGCUCCUCUGUCUGGAAAAAGACAAACAAAAAAGUGCCUCCCUAGACUCCUCCCUUCCU